CUCCUAAAAUCCGGGGCUUUGGUUCAAGAUCAAUUUGGGCGCGAAUAUGAGACCCUUUACCCAAAAGGGCUGCGCUAAAUAGUCGUCACUUCGGGAAAAACGAAGCAGAGCAAAAACACGCUGCGCUAAAUAGUCGUCACUUCGGGAAAAAGAAAGCAAAGCAAAAAGACGAUGAGGUCAUUUGCUUUCAAGUUUCAAUCCAGUCACUCCAUCUUUAGGGUUUUUCUAGGGUUUUAAACCGUCUGACGUUUUCUGAUUCUCAUUUCAUGGAGGUUUCGUACAUUUUAAGGGUCUUCAGCAACUAAUUCUGGCUUUUUGCUUCAUUCCUUUUAGCUAUUUUUCUCCAUUUCUCAUCGAGUUUUUUUGUUCUGGUUUUUGGGGUUUUCAAUGGCCUGCAUUACCUGUCAAAAUAGGGUUUUGAGUAACCUUGAAUGUAGAGGAAAUAGAGUGUCUCUGAACAGUGGUAGCUUCUUUAAGAAAUCGAUAAAUUUACCCAAAACCAAUGGAAGGAGAAGCUCUCUGUGGAGUCGAAUUGAUGGGGAUUUUCGGUUGAAGAAUUUACCAGUGGUAUUGGUGAAGGCGGAGGCUCAGAGUCAUGAAUUGGCUGAUGCAGAGGAGCGGGUGAUUGCCUUGGUCGUUGGUGGUGGGGGUAGAGAACAUGCUCUAUGCUAUGCUUUGCAGCGUUCACCAUCUUGUGAUGCUGUCUUUUGUGCUCCGGGAAAUGCUGGGAUUUCCUGUUCAGGACUCGCGACUUGCUUACCUGACCUUGACAUUUCCAACAGUUCUGAGAUGAUCUCCUUUUGUCGAAAAUGGGGGGUCGGAUUGGUUGUGGUGGGCCCAGAGGCUCCUUUGGUUGCUGGCCUCGUGGAUGACCUUGUCAAGGCUGGGAUCCCCACUUUUGGCCCUUCAGCCAGGGCUGCUGCUUUGGAGGGAUCAAAAGACUUUAUGAAGAGGUUGUGUGAUAAGUAUGGGAUACCAACGGCGAAGUACCGAUCAUUCACAAACGCUACGGAGGCCAAACAAUAUAUUCACGAACAUGGAGUCCCUGUUGUUGUCAAAGCAGAUGGAUUGGCUGCUGGGAAAGGAGUUGUAGUAGCCCUGACUUUGGAUGAGGCCUAUGAAGCAGUUGACUUGAUGCUUGUAAAAGGGGUUUUUGGACCAUCCGGUUCGCGUGUUAUUAUUGAGGAAUUCCUUGAAGGGGAGGAAGCUUCGUUUUUUGCCGUUGUUGAUGGUGAAAAUGCCUUACCUUUGGAAUCUGCACAAGAUCACAAAAGGGUUGGUGAUGGCGAUACUGGUCCCAACACAGGGGGAAUGGGGGCCUAUUCACCUGCACCUAUAUUAACCAAAGAGCUUCAAACUGAGGUAAUGAAUACAAUAAUUCUCCCAACUGUUAAGGGAAUGGCUGAAGAGGGUUACAAGUUUAUUGGGGUUUUAUAUGCUGGUCUUAUGAUUGAGAGGAAAUCAGGGUUACCCAAGCUCAUAGAAUACAAUGUAAGAUUUGGAGACCCAGAAUGCCAGGUCCUGAUGGUUCGACUCGAGUCAGACCUAGCCCAAGUCCUCUUAGCUGCAUGCAAGGGCAAACUUAGCGGGGCUUCACUAAAUUGGUCAGAAGAGUCAGCAAUGGUGGUGGUCAUGGCUAACCAAGGCUAUCCUGGCUCCUACAGAAAGGGCACCAUCAUAAAAAAUUUAGAAGAAGCAGAGCUUGUGGCUUCGUCUGUUAAGAUCUUUCAUGCCGGGACAGCCCUUGAUUCUGAAGGAAAUUACAUUGCUGUAGGGGGUCGAGUGCUUGGGGUUACAGCUCGAGGUAAAGAUAUAGCGGAGGCGAAAGAGAGGGCAUAUUUGGCAAUUGAGGAAAUAGACUGGCCAGAAGGGUUCUUCCGGCGAGAUAUAGGGUGGAGAGCACUUCCUCAGGUGCAAAUGGCUGGGUGAGAGAUGCAAGAUGGCUACCGAGGUGACUAGCCAGCUGAGAAAUAAUUGUAUACAAUAAAUUAUGAGAGAGAGAGAGAGAGAGAGAGAGAGAGAGAGAGAGAGAGAGAGAG